AUGAGUAAACCAAUUACUACUUGUCUUCUUUUAUCCUUUCUCAUUAUUCUCUCACACUUUGUGAUUGAAAUCCAUGGAAAAAAUAAACAAGUUGAAGCUCUUGACAAUCUCCACAAAGCAAAAUACAUAGAAAACUCAGAAAUUGAUAAGAGUGAAUUUGAGGUACAAGAGAUUGUGUAUGACAUUGAUGCCAUUGUUGAUUCUCAAAAGGGUCUCAAAGAGAAAGAUAGGAUCAAGAAACUUCCAGGUCAACCCUUUGUGAAAUUCUCUCAAUUUGGAGGGUAUGUUACAUUGGAUAAAUUGAGUGGUAGUGCUUUUUACUAUUACUUUGUUGAAGCUCAUCAAUCUAAAGAAACACUUCCACUUCUUCUUUGGCUCAAUGGAGGUCCUGGAUGUUCAUCUCUAGCUUAUGGAGCAAUGCAAGAAUUGGGACCUUUUAGAGUAAACAGUGAUGGCAAAACACUUCACCAAAAUAGAUACUCAUGGAAUUAUGCUGCAAAUGUUUUGUUCUUGGAGUCUCCAGUUGGAGUAGGAUUUUCUUACUCAAACAAAUCAACAGAAUAUAGUAGCAAUGGAGACAAGAAAACAGCUAUAGAUAACUAUUUAUUUUUGGUAAAUUGGUUGGAAAGAUUUCCAGAAUAUAAAAAUAGAGAUUUUUAUAUUUCUGGAGAAAGCUAUGCUGGUCAUUAUGUUCCUCAACUUGCACAUACCAUUCUCUAUCAUAAUAAAAAGGCAAAUAAGACAAUCAUCAACCUCAAAGGAAUCUUGAUAGGGAAUGCAGUGAUCCAUGAUACUACAGACUCAACAGGAAUGUAUGAUUUUCUUGCUACUCAUGCUAUCAUCUCAGACAAAGCAGCUUAUGAUGUCAACAAUGUUUGUGAUUUUUCAUCAGAUAAUCUCACUGCUGAAUGCAAUUCAGUUGCUGAUGAAGUCAAUGAAGAUAUUGCAUUCAUUGAUUUGUAUAACAUUUAUGCUCCAGUUUGCAAGAAUGAGAAUCUCACUUCCAAGCCCAAAAAGAACACCAUUGUGACUGAUCCGUGCAGUGAGAAUUAUGUGUAUGCUUAUCUUAAUAGACAAGAUGUUCAAGAGGCUAUUCAUGCUAAUGUCACAAAACUCAAGUAUGAAUGGAGUCCAUGCAGUGGUGUCAUUAGAAAAUGGGUUGAUAGCUCUCCAACAGUUCUUCCUCUUUUACAUGAAUUCCUCAAUAAUGGCCUUAGAGUUUGGAUUUUCAGCGGUGAUACAGACGGAAGGGUUCCGGUUACUUCGACUAAGUAUUCGAUUAAGAAGAUGAACCUUCCUGUUAAAACUGUUUGGCACCCUUGGUUGGCCUAUGGAGAAGUUGGUGGCUAUACUGAAGUAUACAAGGGAGACCUAACAUUUGUUACAGUGAGAGAAGCAGGACAUCAAGUGCCAAGUUAUCAACCAGCAAGAGCUCUUACUUUGAUUAAACAUUUCUUGGAUGGCACUCCUCUUCCUAGUCCAAAAAUAAAGGCAUAG